AUGAGUCAAAUUAGACGAUGUACAUCAAAUUCGGAAAAUCUAAAUUAUCUACCUACACCAAUCAGCCAUACGCCAUGUUCAUCGACUUUCAAGCGUUCUGAUGAUUCUGCAACGACGACGGCAAAUCGAAACAAGUUCGAAGCGACACGAAAGGUUUGUAUUUUCAUUUGUGUCUUACUGAUUUAGGCAAAAUGGCCGAUUCUGUGAAUCUUCAACCGACUUGGGUAUGGUUAUAAGUUGAUGUUAGAGAGGUACAGGGAUGUGGUAAACUAAUUUUAACAUAAUUAUCGCUAGAAGAUAGAUAGCGUUUUGAAAUUUUGUAUGAAUAUAGCGCAUGAUUUUUCAUAUCGAACUGUCAAAGGAAGUCAUUUAUUUUACAGAAUGAGGAAAGUUACAGUAGCUUUUCCGUACCCGUAUGUCUUUUCUUAGACGGUCUUUUACUUUUCGUCAAAACUUUUUUCAUAACAUAGGUAAAGACUCAAAAUUUUAUAUUAUUCUAGUAUAUUCUAUGUCUCAACUGAUGUGAAUAUUAAAAGUUUUCAGUUUACAAUAAUUCAGAAGUUACACUACUUGUACCGUACCUAUAUUUUUCAAUUUCGAAAUCUAAAACGCAAUAUUUAUAGUGGCACGAUAUGAUACACGCAUUUAUUGACGAAGUUCCACGUGCAGAUUGUCGAAAGUUUUUAAAAACUUACUCUGAUUCAUUUUCUGGUCAAUCAGCUGCUGAUGUGUUAACUGAUAUAUUACCCAGGAUAUUUACUGACAGGAAGUGUGAACGGUAAGGAAUGGGUUUGAAAGGUUUUGGAAGAGGAUUUUGAACCAUUUGUUUUAUGUUUUAAAGCUUGUUUUUAUCGUCUUUGGGGGUUUUUUUUUAUAUUGUUAUAGAUAUUAUUGCUGUAGUUAUGUUGUUGUAGAUAGAUUUUUUCUAAUUUUUUUGUGUUUUUUGCUUUGAUACUUAACUUAUUCUGUAAUUCUUGGCUAUAUCCUCUAAUUCUGGCUUAUUUCAGCGUAAAUGCAGUUCGAGUAUUAGAAAAAUUCAUCUCCGAUAGCAUAAUAGAAGACGUUUCGGGUGGGAAACAGUUCAAGGAUGACACGACUUUAUUUCGUCUAACAGAUAAAGCAAUAACAAAGUACAGCACAGGUGGACCGCCGCCCAAGGUGCGACGGGCCGCUUCAUUAAAUGACAAGGACCGCGCCACGCCCGUCUGCACCACCAAAGGCGACUACAGUCGACCAGUCAAGCUGACAAAGUCAGGCAGCUUUAAGCAGCGAUUCAGGAGGCAUGCGCCUAUAGUUUAAGAGUGCAGUGCAGUGGUUGUGUUGUGAAUGCUUUAGCUUUUGGGGGUUUUUGGUGUUUUAUGCUUAGAUUUUGAAUAUUUUGUGUUUUAGGCUUAUGAUUUUGAGGUAUUAACGUUUUUAAGGUUUAGGGGAUGUUUAAAAGAAUAUUUUAGGAUUAGGGAUAUUUUGAGUAUACUGAUAUAAUUUCAAGGUUACAAACGAAAUUUUAGGUUUAAAAAUGAAAUUUAUAGGUUUGAAAUAGACAUUUAGGCUUAGAAAUGGAAAUUAUGCCUAAAAAUGUUAUUUUCGGUUUUAAGCUGAAAUUUUUAGGCUUAAAACCAUAAGUUAGGCCUGAAGAUUCAAAUUAGGCUUAAAAUUUUGAUGUUAAGCUUACAAAUGAAUUUGUGUCUAAAAAUUUAAAUUUAUGCUUGAAAUUGAAAUUUUUAGGCUUAAAAAUGAAGUUUUUAGGCUUAAAAGUUUGGUUUCAGAACCAUUGUGAAGUAAAAGUAGUGAAAUAUUUUAAAAAAAGCUUUAGAACCUUUCUACCUAAAACAAUAUUUUUAAUUAGAGUGUGCCACGCUGUGUGUGUUUAUGUUAUAUUGCACCAAUAUAUAUCUAUACUCACAGUAAUAUCACUUUUUCAUUUAUUAGCACAUUAAUAUUGCCAUAUUUUUCAGUUUCCACUCCAAAACCUCGCAGAACUUCGCAUUCAAUUCGUCCCAAUCCUUCCAAACGCCAGUCCGCCGACCCGACAACGAAUCCCCACCGCUGGCUCAAAGCACGAAACGAUUCGCCAGAGUCAUCGACUACAACAACGACGAUCUGGAGUCGAGGCGACAGUUCUUGGACACACAGUUGACUGGAUUAUUGGACGGGCUUAUCGCUGAUAAGAAUUUGACUGAGCUGGAGCGGCAUCGGAAGCUCAUGGAUGUGAGUUUGGUUUUUAGACUUGAUUUGGGGGUAGGGGAAGGUGGGGGGGGCAGGACUGGGUAGGGUAGAAAAAUUUUUACAGGUUGGCUAGGGAAGGAAGGGGAAGGGCAAAAUAAUUUUGGGGGGGGGGCGGAAUUUUUUUUUGUUGAGAUAGCGUGUGGAACAGAAAAAAAAAUAUCCAAAAGGGACGGGUAGAAUUUAUAAAAAAAUUGGGCAGGGUAGGAUUUUUGUUUGAAAAAAAUUGGACGGGGCAAAUACAGAUCAACCAGUCCGUCUCUACCACAUAUUAGCCCCAUUUUCCCUUCCCCCUCAUUACUACCAAUCCUAGCCUCCCCCUGCGCCUCUCUCUAACCUACACUUUUGCCUGAUUUUCCCCUACCCCCCAUCAUAUCUAGACAUGGAGAAUGGGUCGGGCUCACUUUUCAGGUCCGGCCCGACCCAAAUAAUGCUCAGGCUCGACCCUAUCCCCAUGUCUAAUCAUACUCCCCCCUCCUUCUUAGCGCUUACCCUUGACCUCCCCAAAAUUAAAAAUAAUAUUUUUCUAUUUCCAGUUCAAGCACAACUACCCCAAGAUUUUCUCGGUCCGCUACCCAGACAACUCGUACGUAGCACCGCCGACCCCCCUCUUACACCGAAUCAAAGACUUUUUGGGCGGCAAUUAA